UUGGCAUUGGAACAAGGAGCUCUGACAGUCGAGAGCUGCAGAAGAUAUCGUAUGACCCUAGUUUUGCUCUGUUAGUGUCUGAGUUCACUGACCUCCCCGGUGUCCAAGAAAAGCUCUCUUCUGUAAUGAGCACAGUGCGAGUGAGGCCCACGCCCACAACAACAACAACAACAGUGACUGUGGAGAAACAGCCAACUGGAAGGGAUUUUGUGUUCUUGUUGGAUGGAUCUGAUGGUACUAGAGUGGGAUUCCCAGCUAUGCGAGACUUUGUCCAAAGAGUAGUAGAAACACUCAGUGUGGAUGACAACAAAGACCGUGUGUCAGUGGUUCAGUACAGCAGAGAUCCAGCUGUCCAGUUCUAUCUGAACACAUACACAACCAAAAGCGAGAUCCUUGACACUGUCAGAGGUUUGAGGCACAAAGGCGGAAGACCACUCAACACUGGAGCAGCUCUCCAGCACUUGAGGGACAAUGUCUUCACGGCCUCUGCCGGAAGCAGGCGCCUGGAAGGAGUUCCACAGGUCCUGAUAUUGCUAAGUGGUGGAAAGUCUUUUGACAGCGUUGAUGCGCCAGCCUCUGCUCUCAAGCAGCUGGGCGUCUUGACCUUUGCAAUUGGAACCAGGGGCUCUGACAGCAGAGAACUGCAGAAGAUAUCCCACGAGCCUAGUUAUGCUGUUUCUGUGUCUGAAUUCACUGACCUUCCCAGUGUCCAACAGCAGCUUCAGUCCUCCGUGGAGGCUGUGGCUACUGCCGUCACCCCAGAAUCUCCAACUGUACCUGUGGAGAAACAGCCAACUGGAAGGGAUUUUGUGUUCUUGUUGGAUGGAUCUGAUGGUACUAGAGUGGGAUUCCCAGCUAUGCGAGACUUUGUCCAAAGAGUAGUAGAAACACUCAGUGUGGAUGACAACAAAGACCGUGUGUCAGUGGUUCAGUACAGCAGAGAUCCAGCUGUCCAGUUCUAUCUGAACACAUACACAACCAAAAGCGAGAUCCUUGACACUGUCAGAGGUUUGAGGCACAAAGGCGGAAGACCCCUCUAUACUGGAGCAGCUCUCCAGCACUUGAGGGACAAUGUCUUCACGGCCUCUGCCGGAAGCAGGCGCCUGGAAGGAGUUCCACAGGUCCUGAUAUUGCUAAGUGGUGGAAAGUCUUUUGACAGCGUUGAUGCGCCAGCCUCUGCUCUCAAGCAGCUGGGCGUCUUGACCUUUGCAAUUGGAACCAGGGGCUCUGACAGCAGAGAACUGCAGAAGAUAUCCCACGAGCCCAGUUACGCUGUUUCUGUGUCUGAAUUCACUGACCUUCCCAGUGUCCAACAGCAGCUUCAGUCCUCUGUGGAGGCUGUGGUUAUUACCGUCACCCCAGAAUCUCCAACUGUAUUUGUUGAUAUGCAGGGCCCCCGGAAGGAUGUCGUUUUCCUUGUUGAUGGAUCUGCUGGUGUUGGACGGGAAUUUCCUAUCAUCCAGGAGUUCAUCCGCAGGGUCGUGGAGAGUCUCAGCGUGGGCGAGAAUAAGAUUCGAAUUGGCGUUGUCCAGUAUGGCGACUUUGCUCAGGCUGACAUGUAUCUGAACUCACAUACAACUAAAGAGGGUGUAAUGAAUGCUGUAAAGGGAAUGAGACAGCGAGGAGGAAGACAACGUAAUCUGGGUCAGGCCUUGCAGUUUGUCAGUCAAGAUGUUCUGACAGCAGAACGUGGAAGCAGGAAGCAAGAGGGUGUACCACAGUUUGUAAUUGUCAUCUCCAGUGGGUCCUCUACAGAUGACAUCAGUCGUGGAGCUACUUCCCUCAAACAAUCUAGAGUUCUUCCCUUCAGCAUUGGGACCAGGGAUGUUGAUCCUACAGAGCUCAAGGUGGUGUCCUAUGUGCCUAACUUUGCCUUCACUGUAGACGACCUCCCUGGCCUGUACACAGUCCAAGAAAAUUUAAUCACCACUCUCACUGAGCUAUCAGAUGAUGACAUCGCCAGGAUGCGCCCAGUAUUCCCAACCUAUGAUGUAAUCACACCAGCACCCACAGGACGGGAAAAGAGGGAUGUCGUUUUUCUAAUUGAUGGCACAACAGCAAUGCGUAAUGAGUUCUCUUCCAUCCGUGACAUGAUAAGAAGAGUUGUGGAGAAACUGGAUGUAGGACUGGAUAAGGUUAGAGUUUCAGUGGUACAGUACAGUGAUGAACCAAAGUUGGAAUUUCUUCUGAACGAAUUCUCCACCAAAGAUGAAGUACGCCAGGCUGUGAUGAAACUUCGAAACAGAGGUGGAAACCGCCUAAACACAGGUCGUGCUCUUGAGUGGGUCUCCAGAAACAUCUACCAGAGGUCAGUGGGAAGCCGUAUUGAAGAUGGUGUUCCUCAGUUCCUCAUUCUAGUGACAGGAGGCAAGUCUACAGAUGAUGUAUCUGCUCCAGCUGACCAACUUAAGAGAAACCGCAUUGCACCUGUUGCCAUUGGUUCAAGGAAUGCAGACCCUGAUGAACUGAGACAGAUUUCCCUGAAGCCUGAACUUGUGUACACAGUUGACAGUUUUCAGCAGCUUCCAAGGGUGGAGUCACAGCUCACUGAUUCUGUCAAAACAAUAUCCACCACUGAUAUCAUCAGUAGUUAUGUUCCUCCUACAGUGACCAUAGAGUCCCUAAAUCUUGGGAGAAAGGAUAUAAUUUUCCUUAUCGAUGGCUCAGACAAUACGGGUUCUACUGGCAUUGCACAUAUCCGUGACUUCAUCCUCAACAUUGUCCAAAAACUUGAUGUGCAGCCUGAUCAAGUGCGUGUGGCUGUUGUCCAGUAUGCAGACAGAGUUAAAACAGAGUUCUCACUCAACUCACACAACAACAAGCCAGCUGUUAUCUCUGCAAUCAAAAGACUUCGUCAGAUGGGUGGUCGGUCAUCAGACCUGGCUGACGCCAUUAACUAUGUCCUACAGAAUGAGUUAAAAACCUCUGCUGGUAUGCGUCCGGCUGAGGCCUCCCAGCAUCUUGUGGUUCUGACAGGUGGACGUUCUCCCCAAGAUGUUUCAAUCUAUGGACCUCUGCUUAAGAGCUCCCGAGUAAACUGCAUUGGUAUUGGAGCUGGUGGUGCUGACACAAGACAGCUGACCCAAAUUGCCACAACCUCGGAUGAUGUCCUUCAGGUUCCCACAUUCCCUGGCUUGGCAGCAAUCCAGAAGAGGUUUACUGAGAGGUUGUUGACACCUGAGACUCCCAUUUACAUAACACCCACAGAGUAUGGGGGUGAUGACCUGCAAUCUAAAAAGGCUGAUAUAGUAUUUUUGGUGGAUGGCUCCAUUAACUUGGGCCGGGACAACUUCAAUGAAGUGAUGUCAUUUAUCCUCAACCUAAUUGACCUGUUCUUCAAUGAGAGAGACGACCUGAGGAUUGGCCUGGCACAUUAUGCCGCAGAUGUGACGGACGUCUUCUUCCUCAACACCUACAAGAACAAGCAAGACAUUAUAAGCGCCAUUGGACGAGCAGACUACAAAGGUGGACGUAAAAUCAAUACUGGUGCAGCCAUUCGCCACGUUCAAGAUGUUCACUUUACCAAAGAAAAAGGUAGUAGGAUGGAUGAGGGCACUCCUCAGAUCCUAAUGGUUAUCACUGGAGGACGCUCAGCUGAUGACAGCAAAACAGCAGCCCUUGGUCUGAAGAAAAAAGGUGUGAGAGUCUUUGCUGUAGGAGUGGGUGACACCGAAAAUGAGUUAGAAAACAUAGCAAGCGAGUCCUCCACUGUGGCUCGAGCAAGCACCUUCCUGGAACUCUCAGAGCUUAAUGAGCAAAUCCUGGAGACUCUGGAUGAUGAAGUGAAAGGGAAGCUGUGUGUUGGUGUGCCAGAUACUCCUAUAACUUGCAGUAUAGAGGUGUUGGUGGGCUUUGAUGUUUCUGCCCAGAACAUCUUCAGUGCUCAGACCAACCUCCAGAGCAAGAUGGGCUCUAUUCUGCAGAGGAUUUCCAAAAUGGCAGCCAUCAGCUGUUCAGCUGGGCAGAUCCCCUCUGUGCAAGUGGGCAUGCUGGCCAUGGACUCUGCCUCUGAGCCUGUCCAGCUGGAUUUCACAGACAAUGCUGAUGAGCUCUUUGAGGCCUUCAGGGCCCUGCGAAGUCGUGGCCCCUUUGUCCUCAAUGGCAAGACCAUCUCAGCUUACACCAAUAGGUUCAAAACAAGACAGGACAAUAUUGUCAAGGUUGUCAUUCAUUUGACCGACGGUCUUGAUGCCCCAUAUGCUGAAAUGAAACGGCGAGUUGAGGAGCUUCGGCUGUCAGGAGUUAACAGUUUCAUUCUGGUCGGGCUGGAACGAGUGCCCAAAUUUGAGGAGGCUUUGCUUUUGGAAUAUGGUCGUGGCUUCAGGUACACAAGACCCUUACGAGUCAACAUCAUGGACUUGGACUAUGAGCUUAUGGAAGAACUGGACAAUAUUGCAGAAAGAGAGUGCUGUAGUGUGCCUUGCAAAUGUACUGGCACCAGAGGAGACAGAGGUGCAGUUGGACUUUCAGGCUCUAAGGGUAGUUCAGGAUCACCAGGAAGCCAAGGACAUCCUGGAGAUGAGGGUGGACCUGGAGAGAGAGGUCCUCCUGGUGUGAAUGGAACACAGGGUUUCCAGGGAUGUCCUGGACAGAGAGGUGUCAAGGGUUCUCGUGGGUACUCAGGAGAAAAGGGUGAAUCUGGAGAAAUUGGGCUUGAUGGGAUCAAUGGAGAAGAGGGCAUAAGUGGAGUGCCUGGACCAGUGGGAGACAGAGGAAACCCUGGCAGAAGAGGUCCCAAAGGCUCCAAAGGACAAGCAGGAGACAGAGGAGAACUGGGAAUCAGAGGAGACCCUGGUACAAGUGGAAGAGAUAACAACCAGGCAGGACCCAAAGGAGACCCUGGUGAUGCUGGACCACCGGGAGAGCCUGGUGAGGAUGGAAACAAGGGAGGCCCUGGUGAACUUGGAAGAAGGGGAGCUGAUGGUAGAAGAGGCCCACCUGGAAAGGCUGGAAAUCCCGGAAGACCAGGAGCAGAUGGUUUGCAGGGAGAGCCUGGUAUUGGAGGACCUAGAGGUUCACCUGGACCGAUUGGUGCCCCAGGACCCAGAGGAGAAGAUGGGAACCCUGGACCCAGGGGUCCUGGAGGUGACCCAGGUUCCCCUGGAGAGCGAGGCAGAAGAGGAGCUCUUGGUCGCAAGGGAGAGCCAGGAGAUCCAGGACCUAAGGGUGUUAUUGGACCUCUUGGCCCCCGCGGCGAACCUGGUGAAGAUGGUAAAGAUGGGGCUGGUGUCAUAGGGCCCAAAGGAAGAAAGGGUGAUGAAGGCUUCCCUGGAUUCCCAGGACAAAAGGGAGCAGCUGGCGAUCCUGGCAACAAGGGUGGACCUGGACCGAGAGGAAAUCGUGGACAGAGGGGUGUAUCUGGGAACAUUGGUGCACCUGGACAGAAAGGAGAGAUUGGACAUCCUGGGCCAUAUGGUCAGAAAGGGCCGAGGGGACCAGGUGUUGUGCAAUGUGACCUGGUCAAGAAGAUUCGAGAAAACUGUCCUUGCUGUUACGGUCAGCAGGAAUGCCCUCUCUACCCCACCGAGCUGGCCUUUGCCCUGGAUGCAUCUCAGGACGUUGACCGCUCAGCUUUCAACAACAUGCGCGACACAGUCCUGCGCCUGGUCAGGAACAUUACCAUCGCUGAGAGUAACUGUCCAAGAGGAGCUCGUGUUGCUGUGACCCUAUACAACAAUGAAGUUACCACUGAAGUUCGCUUCGCCGACGCAUUGAAAAAGCGUGCUCUGGUUCAGCGCAUUGAGGGACUGCAGACCCUGCAGAAUAACAAGAGGCGCAGUUUGGAUUUGGCCAUGAGCUUUGUGGCCCAGAAUACCUUCAAGAGGGUGCGCAGUGGCUUCUUAAUGAGAAAGGUGGCCAUCUUCUUUGUCGGUGGAGCAGCUGGUCAGGCACAAGCAAUUGCUAAUGCAGCUCUCCGUCUCCAUGAUGCUGGAAUCGCCACUCUGUUCUUGGUCAACCGUGAGGAAAGAGCACUCAGCAGAGCACUGCAGGCCAACAACACAGCUUUGGCCCAGGUAAUUGUCCUUCCCAGUCCUGGAAGUGCACAGUACAAUUCAGUCAUCCAGAAGGUUAUGAACUGCCAUGUCUGCCUAGACAUCUGUUCUCCAGACCAAAUGUGCGACUAUGUGCCCCCAGCAACCAGCCGAGAUAGGAGGUCUUUCUCCGCAGAUGUAGACAUUGACAUGGCUUUUAUUUUGGACAGCUCUGAGUCUACCUACCCAACCAUCUUUACUGAGAUUAAACGCUACAUAGCGCAGAUAGUGGACCAUCUACAAGUGUCUUCAAAUCCCACAUCAUCCGUUCACCAAGCAAGAGUGUCUGUGAUCCAGCAGGCACCUUACGAGUUCCUCCACAACAAAACUGGCUCUCCCAUCCGCUUGGAUAUCGGCUUGACUGAACAUCAGUCAUCUCAAGAUAUUGUCAAAUUCCUGCUGGAGAAGACACCACAGUUAGAGGGUGGCCGGGCACUGGCUGAGGCUAUCGAAUCGACAGUGGAGCAGGUGUUUGAGAAGGCACCUCUCCAACGUGACAAGAAAGUACUGAUGCUCUUCGUGACAGGAAGUGUGGAGGAAGAAGAGGAGCGGCUGGUGCGUAUCGCCACUGAGAUCAAGUGCAGAGGCUUCUUCCUGGUCAUCAUGGGUGUGGGCGAGAAGUUGAGUGCUGGAGAUUCUCGUGUUUUGUCACGCAUGGCCAGUGAGCCAUCGGACGUUUUCUUCAAAAGGCUGGACAGCACCUCACAGUUUUAUGACAAACACAUCCAGACCUUCAGCCAGCUGCUGCCAAAGUAUAUCAGCAUUGAAAAUGCUUUCUACAUGUCACCUGAAGUCUCCAAAAACUGCAAGUGGUUCCAGAGUGACCAGCCACUAAAAAACCCAUUCACAUCAUCACAGCAACAAGAGAAAGACCAGAAACAUCACGAGAAUCACCAAGCAGUUCAUCAAAGAAAGCACAAAGAUGCAGAUGAGCUACACGUCUCUAAUGUCACCUCCAGUGGCUUGAAAUUGCGUUGGAGCAACCCAGACCCCAAAUUCUUCGUCUAUUUUGAGGUAGUGGUGACAAGGUUGCCCGACCAUGCCCUGGUACUGAAGACCAAUGUCUCAGGCACCCAGCUUUCUGUGGACAACUUACAAAGUGCUCAGACAUAUCAUGCUGUGGUCACCGCCCACACUGCCGAGGGCCAAAUUGUCUCCACCCGCAAAGGCAUCAUCACUACCAAAGCGGCAGAGCAUAAACCAGCCAGCCAAGUCACCAGUCCUGUAAAUACCACACCACUGGACAAACCAGAAGCUGUUAAUGAAUUUGCAGACCCAUGUUCACUUGACUAUGACCCUGGAAUGCCGUGCAAAGACUAUCAGGCUAAGUGGUUCUUUGACAGAAAGAACGGGAUCUGUACACAGUUCUGGUAUGGAGGUUGUGGAGGCAAUGAAAAUAGGUUCGACACUGAGAUGCUCUGCUUGAAAAACUGCAUGAGGUCAGUGCCAGAGCCUCAGCCAAAAAUGCAGCAGGAAGAACAGGUGGAGAUCCUCCCAGCUCCUGUGGCCUCUACAGCCGAGGACAUUUGUCAGCUUCCCAAAGAGGAAGGCUCUUGUGCCAAAUUUGUCCUCAAGUGGUACUAUGAUGCCCCCAGCAAGAGCUGUACACGUUUCUGGUAUGGAGGCUGCGGCGGAAACCAGAAUCGUUUCGACACACACGACCAGUGUAUGAACUCCUGUGGAAAACCAGCAGCCGUCAGCCAAGGAGUCAUUGCUGCAAUAAGAACAUAGGACAAAAGUGACAAACAUGGCCAGCGUUUGCCCCUGUUCAGGGGAAUCUGAGAUGAACCAUCCAAACUGGCCACACUGUAAAGAUGCAACACCAAAGCAAUGUUGGCUGCACUGGAUCCACAAACAUGGACUUUAUACCCCAAAUUCUUGAAGUAGUUAUUUUCACGACAAGAAGGAAGGCAACACGAUUUGCUGCAUGAUUUGUUUUAACCUACUGGUGCUACAUAUUUGUGUUACAGGUGGCGUUGUUAAGUGCAUUCAGUUUUGUAAAGUCAGUUUUUCUGGAACAUCAUAUGAGUUUUCAUAUUUUUUAAAGUGCAGUUUUAUGAUUAAACAAGAAACAUAUAUGAAUAUCUUGGACAGAGAUCAGCAGUAAAUCAGUACAUACAGGACUGGCAUUAUUCAGUGCAGUAAUCUUUUUUAUAUUGUUUUGUUUUUUUGUUUUUUUUUUUACAUUCCACAUUCACACAGAAACAUAGCCUUUUAUUGAUUUAUAUUUCUGUUGAACAUUCCUUCACUAUUUUACAAUCACAGAAUCCACAGCAGUGUUUAUUUGUGUGGCAGUGUGUGUAUUUAAAUGACAGUGACCAACUGCUCGGAUGCAAAAAUAUUAAUGUAACAUAAAGUGCACUUCUGGAGCCACUGCCUCAAAAACACAAUAUCCACCUAUUGAGAAAUGGAAUGUACUUGUCAAGCUGUUUUUUUUUUUUUGUUGUUUUGUUUUUUUUUUUUUUUUUUUGUUUCAUUUGGUUUUACUGAAAUUUGUGUUUCAUUUGGGUAUAGGGGAAAUAAAAAUGAAUUAGACUUUCUAAUAAAC